AUGGCAAACGAAAAGAGUAUCUACAAAGGAAUGGUAAAAGCUCAAGAGAUUGCCAAAGGACAAGAAGACACUACCUUGGACGAUGUGGACCCGGUGGAGAUUCGCAGAGGUUUAACGAAGGAAAAGCCAGCUAUAACUGAAGAGGAUCUAAAGCGAAAAAUCAGCCUGGCCAGGGAAUCCGCCCGCCUUCGUCAGAGUUUAAUCAGCACGUCCACGCAUGAACCAGAAUGGGAACUUGAAGAGUUUGUUUUGACUUAUUUGAUAAUUGUUGUCAAGUGUAUGUAA